GGCGCGCGACGCGGGGGCGGCCUACGGGCCUUCGCAAGCGGGAGGAGCAGACGCGGCGUCUGCAGGGCGCUGCAGGGGACAGCGGGGGCCUGGCGGCUGUGCAUUCCUCACUCUUAGCUGGUGAAGAAUGGGGGAGCUGGAAGGAACCUACCGCGCCCUGCAGACCCCAGGGACACGCCUAGGCGCCCCGACCCCCGCGGGCGUCAGCACCCUCGAGCCUGGGCCGGGCCCCUCGGCGGCAGCGGCGUGGCCGGCGGCCAGGACGCCCGUCCGAGUGCAGCUGCUGGACGACUCCGUCGAGGUGUUUGGCGUUGAGCCUAAAUGCGAUGGCCAGGUGUUACUGACCCAGGUGUGGAAGCGCUUGAAUCUGAUAGAAUGUGACUACUUCGGCUUGGAGUUUCAAAACGCCCAGUCCUGCUGGAUCUGGCUUGAACCUAUGAAACCCAUCGUUAGACAAGUACGAAGGCCAAAGAAUACAGUGCUUCGCCUAGCAGUGAAAUUUUUCCCACCUGAUCCUGGUCAGUUGCAAGAAGAAUAUACACGAUACUUGUUUGCCCUGCAACUUAAGAGAGACCUUCUGGAGGAGCGUCUGACCUGCACGGACACCACGGCUGCCCUCCUGGCGUCCCACCUCCUGCAGGCGGAAAUAGGAGAUUACGAAGAGGCGCUGGACCGGGAGCACCUGCAGGCCCACGAGUACCUGCCGGGCCAGGAGCGGGCCCUGGAGCGGAUCCUGGAGCUCCACCGGGAGCACGUGGGCCAGACGCCUGCCGAGUCGGAUUUCCAGGUGCUGGAAAUUGCCCGGAAGCUGGAAAUGUACGGCAUCAGGUUUCACACAGCUUCUGACAGGGAGGGGACCAAGAUCAACCUGGCCGUUUCCCACAUGGGCGUCCUCGUCUUCCAGAGCAGCACCAAGAUCAACACUUUCAACUGGUCCAGGCUCCGAAAGCUCAGCUUCAAGAGGAAAAGGUUUCUUAUCAAACUCCACCCAGAGGUCCAUGGGCCUUACCAGGACACCCUGGAAUUCGUGCUGGGGAGUAGGGACGCGUGUAAGAACUUCUGGAAGACGUGCGUAGAGUAUCACACCUUCUUCAGACUUUCCGAUCAGCCGAAGCCCAGAGCUAGAGGCGCCCUCUUCAGCAGGGGCUCCUCCUUCAGAUACAGUGGAAGAACUCAGAAGCAACUAGUGGAUUAUGUCAAAGAUGGUGGGAUAAAGAGGAUUCCGUAUGAAAGAAAGCACAGCAAGACCCGGAUGUCUCUCCGCGCCCUAAAUGCCAACUUGCCGAGGCAGAGCAUCUUGUUCACCGAGGGCACGAGGGCUGCCGCGUCCCCGUCUUCAGCAAGUGCCUCCAUCUGCGCGGGCCCCGCCUCCGCUCCAGCCCCCGUGGGCCCGCUCGAUUCCAAGGACAGCAGCGGCUCCCCGACGUGGCCCCCGGCUCCCAGCGCCAGGUGGCCAGCUGCGGAGAGGAGCGGCGUGGCCGCGGCCCAGCCCCACGGGCCGCCGGCAUUCCAGCCUUGCCAAGGCCUUUCCAUGGAGAGUCCUCAGCUUCCGUCCACCCGGAAGACCCCACCGAGCCUGAGCCCACUGGGCCCAGCCGAGCAGGGCUGCACUCCCCUGCUGAGCCCCGUCCUCAGCGACGCUGGCGGAGCCGGGAUGGACGACCAGGAGGAGCCGAGACACAAGUGUGCGCCCGUGGACGAGGCCUAUUUCAUAGCAAAGGAGAUUCUUGCUACAGAGCGAACAUACCUGAAGGAUUUAGAAGUUAUUACCGUGUGGUUCCGGAGCGCCGUGGUCAAGGCGGACGCCAUGCCUGCGGACCUGAUGACCCUGCUCUUCUCCAACAUCGACCCCAUCUACGAGUUCCACAGAGGCUUCCUGCGCGAGGUGGAGCAGAGGCUGGCGCUCUGGGAGGGGUCUUCCAGUGCCCAGGCCACAGGCGACCACCGACGAAUCGGGGACGUCCUGCUCAGCAACAUGCUUCAGUUAAAGACGCUCACCCGCCACUUCCAGAGGCUCCACGAGGUCCUGACGGAGCUGGAAGCGGCCAGCAGGCGCCUGCGGAGGCUGGAGGCGCUGCGCCGGGACUUCGAGCUGCAGAAGGUCUGCUACCUGCCGCUCAACGCCUUCCUGCUGAAGCCGCUGCAGCGCCUGCGCCACUACCGGCUGCUGCUGCGCCGCCUGUGCGCCCCCGACCGCCAGGACUCCGGCCGCGGCGACCAGGACCGCGCCGACCGCCGCGAAGCCCUCAAGGCCAUCACGGAGGUGACCUCCACCCUCCAGCACAGCCUCGCCCGGCUGGAGAACCUCCAGAAGCUGAUGGAGCUGCAGCGGGACUUGGUCGGCAUAGAGAACCUCAUUGCUCCCGGCAGGGAGUUUAUCCGCGAGGGCUGCCUCCACAAGCUCACCAGGAAGGGCCUGCAGCAGAGGAUGUUCUUCCUGUUCUCAGACAUGCUGCUGUACACAAGCAGAGGCGCCUCGGGGACCAGCCACUUCCGGAUCCGGGGGCUCCUUCCGCUGCGCGGCAUGGUGGUGGAAGAACGCGAGAAUGAGUGGUCUGUCCCGCACUGUUUCACCAUCUACGCCGCUCAGAAGACAGUCGUAGUGGCAGCCAGCACCCGGCUGGAGAAAGAAAAGUGGAUGAGGGACCUGAACGCCGCCAUCGAUGCAGCCAGGAGCAGCGCCGACUCGGCCCUGGCGCCGCCGGGCGGCGUGCUGGGCCCCCUUCCCCGCGGGCCCUCCGACGAGGUCUCUCUGGAGGAGUCGGAAGACGACGCUCGCGGGGCCCGCUGCUCCUCAGGGGGGCCGGGCCAGCACCGGGUCAGCACCGCCAUGCACGUGUGCUGGGACCGCACCACCAGCAUCUCCAGGGCCGACCGCAGCGCGGCCGUCGAGAACCAGCUCUCGGGAUACCUGCUGAGGAAGUUCAAGAACAGUAACGGCUGGCAGAAGCUUUGGGUGGUCUUCACCAAUUUCUGUUUGUUCUUCUACAAAACUCACCAGGACGACUGCCCCCUGGCCAGCCUCCCGCUGCUGGGCUACAGCGUGAGCCUCCCCGGGGAGGCCGACGGCAUCCACAAGGAGCACGUCUUCAAGCUCCAGUUCAAGUCCCACAUCUACUUCUUCCGGGCUGAGAGCAAAUACACAUUCGGGAGGUGGAUGGAGGUGAUCGAGAGCGCCAGCACCUCACCAGGGAGGGCCGGGACCCCUGAGGAGGAGGCGUGAAGCCCACCCCGCCCGGCUGAGGAGAGCCGAGCAAGCAGAGCAGGGCCAGCACGUGCCCACGACUGCUCGUCCCGUGUGCCCCCUGCAGACUGGCAGUGGGUGGGCCUCACAGGGACACCUGGGAGGGGCACAGGCCCCCUCAAGACCCAGUCGCUCUCUUGGCCCCGUGGGGCACCAGGACGAACACGCGUGUGCGUGGAAACAGGCCCAGCUCCAUGCACUGACGAGGCUGGUGCUCACCUGCCCUCUGUCCGCCUCCAGAGCAGGACCUUGCCUUUCAGGCUGGGUGAAAUGAGGGGUGGGGACAGGGCCCCUGGGUCACAGCUGCAUGGAAGUCCAGCAGAAGCCACCCUGCCGCCCACCCCACAUACCUCUGCAAAAAGUCCCCAUAAUUUAUCAGUCCCCAGGAGGUGUGCUGUGCUAAUGUGCAUGUGGUUAGAAAUAAAGGGCAUCUCCUGCG